CAUAUUCUUUUCAAUGAAUUGUUGUUAAUCAGUUCAUUUAACACCUAUUGACCAGAUCUGGUGUAGUGUUUAUGCGUUGUCACAAAAUAAUGACUGUCAAAAUGAAAAAUAGAAAGCUGAAUUGGAAACCUGUUUUGAAUUUGGUGGGGAAAUUAAAGACAGAAAAUUCUUCUAUGAGAAGACGCGCUAAGCAAUAUGCUAAAUUGACUGUUUAUACAACUCGUGAGAUAAACCAUAGAGCGUUGAGCGAAUAAUCAUGGAUGCCGUUCAUUCAAAUGUUCCUAUGAAUGUUGAUGAUAUGAGAACAAUAGAAAAAGUAUUUGCUCAUAUGGAUUUAGAUACAAAAAUGAGCAUGAACCUUAUCCAAAUAUCAAACACCUCGAGAAUACUGAACUAUGUCAAUGAAAGCGAGUUCAAAAUACUUCAAGAGAAAUAUCGGACAUCCGAUGAUGGAUCUGCAAAAAACCGACUGUUACAAUUUAACAGAUUUCUUUGGGAUAUAGCGGGUAAACUUUCAUUUGAGCAGUUUGUAUGCGUGUUACAUGUUUCAGGAUAUCAGAACAUGUGCACCAUUCUCAAUGGACAGAGAAUAAAAGUAAGACAAGACUUAGAGCAAUGUCUGAAGAAUCCAUACAGAAAUAUUCCAACGACAGUCCCAAAACGUGCACUGCCUUAUGCUGAAUGUAUAAGCAUGUUUUACACUGGAGUGAAAGUACAGGUCGACAAUAAUGCUUUUCCAAAUGGUAAUCGUUUGGCACUAGAAUCAGGAAUUUCUUUUCAUGAUCAGCAGUUAAGUACAUGUAGUAAUUCUGGAGAAAGACAGCUCCUGCUCGACAAACGUGUGACUUUGUAUUUUCUUUUGGCGCAGCAAUAUGCUGACUGCAACGAACGAACCAACAUCUUAAAACGUCUGCAUGAUUCUAUGCCUCACGGAAUAAGUGUUGACAGAACAACCUUCGAUGUGAUUUAUCACUCAUACAAGGCAGUAAACUGGGCAAAUAAAGGGAAUGAAAAAAUAGCAUCAGAACAUAUGGCUAUCGCAAGACAAGCUAGUUCUUCAUGUUUACCUUGCUUGCCAGUGCUUGUUUCUGCAACAGGUGAACAUUACAUGCACAGCGAAUCUUAUUUGCAUUCAAAAUUGACUGAUCAUUUUCAGAAUGCAUCAGCGGACUAUGAAAAUGCUUUAGCACUUGUAAAUGAAGCCACGGAAGAAGAGAAAAACGUUUGGAAAUAUGCUAUUAUAUUGAAAAGGGUUCACUUACUAUUCGGCAUAAAAAAGACUUUUAAUGUCAAUGAUACUGAAAUUCGGCCUGAUGAAAAUAGUAUUAAGGAAGCAAGGAGCAUAUUGCAUAGUGUACAUCAAUUUAACUCGCUUAAAAAGCGCCAAAGAACGCACCUGUAUUUCUGCAUGGCAAGACUGGAAGAUUUGAUAGGGAAUAAACAUUCCGCAGUGGAAUAUAUUAAGAAAUGUUUGGCUGAAAACGGUUUGUUUGAUAUUGCUGAAGAAAGAAAUGUCACUGACUAUUUAAAGACUGUGACUAAAACCAUAUCUGGAGCGUAUGUGAUAUAUUAGAGACUCCAGUAUAUACAGAAUUCAAGCAACUCGAAUGAAGAGUAUUUUUAGUGUAUAUAUGCUGUAACUAUGGUAACCCCAACUCUAACCUCUAGUCAGUAAAUUAAACAUAUUAUACAUUAAAUGCGUGUGGACAUGCAAUAAUCCGCAUAUUCAGAUGAUAAUCGCUUCCUGACAUGAGCAGAACUAAUCCUCCAAGUCGGUAGGGGGCAACAUCGCUGCUUUUAGAUCACAGCCAUUAUAGUGACUUCGAGUGAUAGAAAUAUGGAUAAAUCGGGACAUGUGCGCUUCGUAAAAUACACAUAUGCAAGGAUAAGUCGGAUUUGUUUCUUAAAUGUUCCACAAAGACCUGAUUAAAUAUCUUAUAACAUAAAAAUGUACAGCAACGCAAAUAAUAAGGAUGUAUGUACGUCAUAUAUGCGUGUAUUUACAGUUUUAUUGUUAACACUAGGACUUCAAGCAUGUAUAGCUAUUGAAAAGAUCGGAUUCUUUGAUGUAGGCGGUGUUAUACGAUUUAAGCUGUCUUCGGGGUGUCUCCUCUCCAUUAAUGAUGUAAAUUAUACACAUUCCGAUCUCAAUGUUAACAGAAAUAAAAACAUUUUAUACACAGGUGUGUUUAGUGUAGGUGAUUUUACAAGCUGUAUUAUGAGAAAAAUAAAACUCAAAUAUAUCAUUAGUCAAGGCAAAAAUUACAUCGAACUUUUAUAUAUAUAAAUUUUAUUGUAAAAUAAGAUGUUGUUUUGUAUUCACUUAUACUUUAUUUUCUUAAACAUGUUAUUGAUUUGAUACUGUAGUUGCAUUAAUUAGUUGUAUGUGUUUUCCCUACUCAAUUUCGGUACUGCCCUUAAAUUUCAGGUUAGGAGUAUAUAAUCAAAACACAGAACUAUUUGAUAAAUGAACAACAAAUUAACAAAAAAGUCUACCUGCCCGUCACAUCUUCUGCUGUACUGUCCCGUACGAUGGAUACUUAAAAUAUUUUGACGAAUAUGUCCCCUUUAAAGAAUGAAUGUCAUUUGUAAAGAAAUAAAAAUGAUCAAUUGCUGCAAAAAAUGAGAAAAUUCAGCAGAAGACGUUAUUGCAAAUGCAUCAAAACAAAGAUCUGAAACGGUACUUUGAAAAUGGUGAGUUGUUAGGGUGUUGAACUGUCCGUAAGUGUGACCCCUUCAAGUGGUCCUUUUCCGAAUUUCAAUGUAUAUACCAGUAUAUUCACAAUUGUUUUGUAGAGUGGUAUACAUGUUUUAAAUGUUGUUCAACAACCUUCUCUUUCUAUGAUUUUAUGUCUUUGAUUUUUUUCCCCAAAUGCAAGACUAAGCGUCAAAGAACAUCCUGAUAGUUACUAUCGAGCCGCGCUAUAUGAAAACCAACAUAGUGGCUUUCGACCAGCAUGGAUUCAGACCAGCCUUCACAUCCGCGCAGUCUGGUCAGGAUCCAUGCUGUUCGCUUUCAAAGUCUACAGCAGUUAGAGAAACUGUUAGCGAACAGCAUGGAUCCUGACCAGCGCAGGCUGGUCUAGAUCCGUGCUGGUCGCAAAGCCAGUAUGUUGGUUUUCUCGUGGCGCGGCUCAUUUGUUUUAUGUCUGGAACCUUACGGAAAUUUCCUGCAACUUCCUUUCCUAUGAAAAACAUUUAUAUAAUUAUGUUGAUACGAACAGAAAAUUCUUGGAAAUCAUGGAAUGCAAUGAAAGCAUUAAAAUGUUUUAGUUUUAUAUGUAGGAAAAGAUUUUUCUAAUCUGCUGAUUGUUGGAACUAAAAUGUUGGGUUACAGCUAAAUUACAGUUAAAGUUUCUAUCAAAAUUAUUAUUACAAACGUAAUGGAUAAAAUUAAUAUUUAUUUAGUGAAUGUUUUAUUUCAACAAAUUGUCAGCAUUUCAUUUCUUUAAUAGUAUUUUUGGAUAUUAACAAAUGUUGUGUUUAUGGAACUUUGUUGUGUUUACAUAAAUCUCCAAAAUCAGGAUCAGUGAAGAUUUUACAUUAAUUUUCAGGAAUUUGUUUCUGGUAGUUAUUCUACACUGACAUUGCAUUAUGCAAAAUUCUUUGAAUAAAGUUUGUUUUUGUUUUAGGUUUGUUGCUGGUUUUCUUUCC